AUGUCAACUAAUGAAGAAAAAGAAAUGGAAGAGGAUGAGAUAGAAGAGACGUCAUUGACGGAAAAUAAAGAAAAUUUCAGAUGGUCUCAUGCGGCAAUUAUGCUGUUAUUGGAAGAAUACAGACUGCGAGAAUCUUCCAUGUCUUCUGGAAAAAUGAGUCAUAAGAAAGCAUGGGAUAAAAUUGCGCGAGUAAUGAAUGUUAAAGGAUAUGAUGUCUCGGGUAAACAAUGCAUGACAAGGAUUAAUACAAUGAAGCGAACAUAUAAAACGGUCAAAGAUCAUAACGGAAGAUCUGGUAACAAUAAGCGCACUUGGAAAUAUUACGACGCCAUGGAAAGUCUUCUUGGCCGAAAACCAUAUAUGGAACCGUUGACAACCAUUUCGUCAAGUGGAUCUGUAACAUCGAGGCCUGAAAGGCCGGACUCUCGAGGUAGUAGCAGCAGUAGUGUCUCUACCUGUGAAUCCGGUGAAGCUCCUCGUAAACGUAAAGCCACUGAUCAACCAGCCAUCAUACAAACGCUAAUAGAAAAGCGCCAAAAAGCUGAGGAAGAAAAAGCAAAGAGACACAAAGAAAGGAUGGAAAUGGGAAACAAAAUGUUGGCAAAACUGGAUAAACUUCUAGAGAAGAAGUAAAUACCUCAAUGUUACAGAACC